AUGCUAUUGACAUGGAUUCGCUUGGCGUUUCUCACCUCGAGCGCUCUGGGUGAACUUUUUUUUUUCUUUAUCUCUAACUUAUGAGGUCAUUCGGAGGGAUUAUUCAUAAUUCAUAUCUAGGUUCAAAAAAAUUUAAAAUGGAAAUUCUUUAAAAAUGUCAGUCUUGAGAAAUUAUGAUGGUAGAGAAUGCGACGCAGCUUUAUUCCUGUAUUUUUUUUCUGAUUUGAAAACUCACGAAAGUUAUGAAUUUUUCUUUCUCACUCCGAGGUACAUAGUAGCACGUGAAAUUGCUAAAUACCGGUGAUUUUAGAGUUCCACCGACUCGAAACUACUUGCGCGCAUAGGGAUAGUCUGUAUGCCACGACUUGAAAUUUCCCCGAACGACAUUCCGCUGUUCCGCUGCGUGCGUUCGCGAAGUGUCUUUUGAAUCUAGGUCACGAUUUCAACUGAUUGUUAUUUCCGUGGGAGUUAAUGAAAGUAGAGUACCUUAAAAAAAGAAAAAAAAAUUAAAAGCGCGACCGAGGUUCGCAAAGGCGCGCAGCGGCACAGCGGAAUUUCGUUCGGUGAAAUUCCAAGUUGUGGUGUACAGACUAUAAUUUGAGGCAUUGUAAUAUUCUUUCCAACUUUCAGCCGACCUUGGACCUUAACGCGACGCUUAGAGCCAUUUCACAGCUUAUAAAAGUCGAAAAAAUGAACGAGAAAAUGGAUUAUAUCACGAUUUUGACUGUAAGAUCAAAUGAAGAUGUCUUCAGCUAACACAGAUCCUCUCGAUGGUCUCCAAUCUUUGAACCUCGCCGAUUUCGAACAUGCCGAAAAACUCACAAAAGGUGUGUUUGAUAUAAGUACCUGUCCUUCUCUUCCCAUGAGCCAAAGUUUAUUUCUUCAGCAAGUUACUAAAAAGUUGAUUUAUUUAACCUUCCUCCAAUACGAACUCUCUGUACUUUUUUGAAAUCUUCUUCCAGUUUUUUAUUCAUAACGACUUAUAAAUAUUUUUCUAUUAAGUCGAACUGUUUGGAUUCUUGCCGAGCGGGGAAAGUUAAAGAAAAAGAUAGCAGUCUACUUUGCUAACGAGAUUGACAAGAGAGGAAAAGAUUGCAGAGGAAUUGUUCGGGAAGCACAUCCCGCUGGAGGUCGUCAACGACUUCAAGUCCGACAUCCGCAACUCUCGAAGGCAUAAGGUUGCUUGAACUUUUUAAUUUUCAAUUAGUGUUGAUUCUCUUUUCGAACCCUAUUCUUAAUAUUGUUCAACCCUGUCUGUACUCUCUUGAUCUCUCUUACUUUUUCUGUGUUUCAUAUAUGGGAUAGUCCCGGUGAGACCUGAAAAAGGGGGAGACUUGGCAAAAAAACGAGUAAAUGGAUGGGGGUUGGCGAAAAACCGUAAAAAUUUCCUGGUGCGCGCUGGGCGGCGCGUUCGUCUGAUCUAAUGAAAAAAAUCAUACGUUCAUUUAUAAAAAAAUCAAAAAAAAAUUUUUUUCUUAGUUAAAAUGAUCGGAAAAAAACAGGGGGGACUCGGCUUUCGCCAGUCAUGCUUUUUCCCAUGUAUGCUGUUUUUCUACGACCUUGCGGCUGAAAAGAAAGAUCAUAUUACUCCGUUGUGGGGAUAGACCUGAAAAUUGAAAAAAUUGGCCAGGACACCCCUUGACGUACCAGAGGAAGAUCCUGAGAGCCCCAACUUGCCCAACUUCCUAGUUUUCAAGAAAUGAGGGCUCGAACCCCCAAGAUGGCCUAUUUUUUCACAUUUUGAGGUUUUCUUUGACUUCAAAGUCUUUUCUCGAAAACUAGGAAUUUUCGCAAGGAGAUAAUCUCAGAAUAUUCUUGGGUAUAUCAAGAAGCGUUCUGGCAAAGUUUCAGGAAAUUCCCAACCGCAAAGUAGAAUGACCAUCCUUGUGAGUGAAAAGAAAGCACAGACAAGCUGAACUGUCUGUUAUGAGUAUUAUCGAUUAGGGCUUUAUUUAAGCUUGAGAAAUUAUUUCAGUCUUUUUUAUCAAUUAUUUGCAGAGAAAUGGCGUUUCUCGGGCCGCGAAACUUUGGCCCAACGCUCGGAUUCCGUAUGCCAUCUCGCCGCACUACUCACCACAUGAAAGGGCUCUUCUGGCCAAAGCUGUCAAACAGGUUCACAUUUAUUCCAUUUUGGUUGAUUUUGACCCUUGAUUUUAAAAAAUGGUUCAAACUUGUUUCUUCUAUGAUGAGAUGGAGAGUAGCAUUGUUGACUGCAGUACCACGAGAAGACGUGCAUCCGCUUCGUCCCGCGGGCGGCCGGAGAGCCCGACUACCUGUUCAUCGGCAAAGUCGACGGGUUUGCUAACGCUUUUUGCAACUUUUUCUGACCGGUCAGGUAUGGGAAAUGUAUUGAAAAUUAGUCUUGGCUGUUUAGUUGCGCUAACGCUCUUUUUCCAAACUUUGAGGUUUUUCCUGGAUUGAUACGAUCAAUUUUUCAGUUUGAAACGAGCCGUAAGAAUUGCAUUUUUUUUUCUAUGAUGACUGAAGCCCUCCUAGCCAUCUGCCCAAGGCGCGCAAACUGGCGCGAGUCGGGCGCAUGAAAAUAUAGAUCCUGGCCCUUAGGAACUCCAGAGGAGUCCCUUUAGGGGCUCUUCACGAUUCCUCUCUAGGGAAAACUUCAAAUAUCAAAGCUGAACAAAUCAAAAAAGACGGUUUUUCCACAAAACGCAAAGUUUUGAGGUGUUUCUCGGAGGUCGGCAGGACGUCCGGCGUUCAGGUGCUGUCGUUGGACAACGGCUGCAUGGAGUACGCGACGAUAAUCCACGAAAUGAUGCACGUCGUCGGCUUCUACCACGAACACGGUAGGUUUAACACAAAAGCCAAAUAUUGCUUUAUCAGCAAGAAUCUGAAAUUUUAUCACUAUACGCUUGAAAAAAAACUUCUUUUUUUUUGUUUCAAAACCGUUGAAAUGCUCCAGUUUAAUUCUGUUCUUUGAUGACAGCAUUUUUGAAGAAGUAAGUUGUGGUUCUCAAUUUCAAUCAUUUUUCAAGUGACGGAAUUUUUUCUGAUUUACCGUAGAUUUUGUCGAUUUUCCGAAUUCAGGAAAACGAUGUCAUUUCCUUGCCUUGUCAGGCAUUCAUUUCGAUCUUCUAGCUUUUUUUUUUUUAAGAAAUUUCUUUCAUAGACACAGAAAAUUUUCAAAAAUUGUCAGAUUGCAGUUUUUUGGAAGAUCUUUUUAUUCAAUUAAUGUUUUUUUUAACGUUUAGUAUUUUUCUAAAAAAAAAAAUUCUGAUGUCGAUAUUAAGGGUCACGUCUUUCUUUAAAAUUGCAAUGAAAAUACCGUUUCAGAACGAUGGGAUCGGGACAACUUUAUCGAUAUCAUUUGGCAGAAUAUUGAUCGAGGUACUUUUUCGAAUAUUAGAUUGUGGGGUCUUCUCAUAAAACUUUGACUCUUUUGACCCGCUUUCUGAAAAUUCAUAUAAGAAUUCUAACUAUUACAGACCUGCGUUUUCAGUUUCUUUAACCAGUCUCUCAUAACUUCGAAAAACCCAAAUUUUUUGCUUUCACCAGCUGCACGGCUGUAGAAACCCUCGAAAACGCGUUUUCUGAUAAGUUUAAAUUUAUAAAAAAGGUUUCAUCCAAUUUUUGUGCCUCAGAACCUAUCAAAAGUUAUUUUAUCAACUGUUUGAAAUCUGUAAGUCAAAAUAUUAAAUAUUCCUAGAUCGAUUAAGUUAAUAAAUCUUUAUAUGAAACAACCCAACAUUUUCACUUUCGUUUUGUCAUUUAUUCCCUCUCCACCUUCUCAGGAGCCCUGGACCAGUUCGGAAAAGUGGACCUGAGCAAGACGUCUUAUUAUGGCCAGCCCUACGACUACAAGUCCAUUCUCCAUUACGACAGCCUCGCUUUCUCCAAAAACGGGUUCCCUACGAUGCUUCCGAAGCUCAAAUGUUGGUUUUUUCAACACUAUAGGUGCAAAAAAAUCCAAAAGGCGGGACAAUUUUUUCACGUAUCCUUAGAAUUUUCAUACCUUCUUCUUCUUUUUCUUCCUACGCCUUUGUACUUCUUGAGCGGCGUCGACACCCCAAGUCGAUUAGCCGAGGUCCUAUCCUGAUAUUGAUAAUCAUUGGACUGGCUCGAGUGAUAUAUCCGUCCUUGUUUGUGAGUUCUGGGGAUUUUGAAGUUGUGGUUUCCCACUACCAAUAUUUCUUAAACCCCUUGGUUGGGUCGAGGCAAGGAUCGAACUUGUGACCCUGUGGACCGUAGACAGGCACACAACCUGUUGCGCUACGACGCGUUUUUUCAAUUUUCAAACCAACUUCAAGAACUAAAAAUAGGAAACGUUCAGCGGCGACGAUCGGCAACGCUCGCGACUUCAGCGACGUCGACAUCGCCAAAAUCAACAGGAUGUACAACUGCCCAGUGGAAAAAAGCGUGACGGCGCCGUUCGCCCGCGCCAGAGUUUAUCCCAUAUUCAUUGUCUCUCAAUGUGUUUCGAGCUUUUCAGCACUCACCGAUCUACUCGCCGCAUCAAAACAAGUACGAGGAUCGGCCCAAGUUGCCACUUAAGGCCUACGACUCCAUCUCUUACAACACAAACAAGCCCGAGCGUUCGUUUCUUUUCAAAGCUUGAAGCUUUCAAACAAAAACCUAAUUCUCAUUUUUUGAACUAAUUGCUUCGAAAAUUAAUGCAAUUUUUUUCAUCUGUUAACACAACGGGAUAUAGCGACUUUUUGAGUUUUUAAUAAAAAAAUAAAUCAGAACGAAUUUUUCACACGUAGAAAAAGCCAAAAUCCACUUUAAUUCUACAAUUUAUAAGAACAUUUUAUUUUUUUCUAGGUCUCUUUCUGGAAAAAGAAUAGUUAUCGACAGAUUUUUUUCAUUGAACAGUUCAAUCAAAAAGUAGGAAAAGCUAGAGAUUAAUAAAUAUAAGAAUGGAGGAACGUGAAUAAUUCAACGUCCAAACCGUGAAGGCCGUGUUUCACAAAUGCAAAAUAAGGCCUGAUUUUCCAAAAUUUCAAUCAUAACUCUCAUAUGCGAUUCAACCCCGGCUAGAUCGAAACAUCAUAUUUUUUCCUAAUCUUUUUUACAAGUACAAUCUUAUCAGCCAAUACUUCUGAUAAUUUUAGUUCGAAGUAAAGUUUGACUCGAGGGAUAAACCGUGAUGUUUCAUGGAUAAACCUAUCAGGUUACAUUUUCGAAAUUUUAGGUUGCGAGGACCGGAUAACGGUGUGUUGGUGGACGGCGGAUCGUUGCCGGUCGCCGGCCAUCUACACGGUGAUGACGUCACUUUGUCCGAAGACGUGCAAAUUCUGCUGA